UUAGUCAGUGAUUGUCAGAAAAACAUAACACAAACGCAAACACAACACAAGCAGUCAAUACUUAUUAUUAUUAUAUAAAAAAAAUCAUUUAAUUUAAUAAAUCAAUCAAUUGAUUGAUUGAUUGAUUAUUUUUUUUUUUAUUGAAAGCACCAGUAGUUUUGUCUCUCUGUGUGUGUGUCUGUAUAUGGGAUCAGUUGUUUGUUGGAUGUCAUUGUGUUGGACAUCAACAAAAAGAUAUGUCAGAUCCACAGGAAAUUGAAACAAAUUUUAAUUAAUUAAUUAUUUUUUGUGGACAUUUACCGCCCGAAAAAAAUAACUAUAUUACCCAAUGAGUGACUCGACUGCCGCACAGUUUGCGCUGCCGACGCUGCCCGCGGCCACAGCCGAAGACACUGUUGACGCAGCGGCCACUAUAGCCGCCGCCUCCGAUGUCAAGUGUGGUAAUAUGCGAUCGUCGUGUCUCAAGAGUGGAGACUUCAAAGGCAUGAAAAGCGACCCAAAACCGGGCGAAUUCAUUCUGAGGACACUGUUUGCCGAGUUUGCGGUGUUGGCCCAGAAAAAGAUCGAUUACGUACUGUCAUCGGAACCAUUGGAGCGACCACUGGCCAAAUCGUUACAAAGAGGCGAAGAUCCAGUAUUUGAUCAACUGUUGACCGCUUUUGGAUCCGUAGCCGAACACUGUUUGCCGUCACUGUUGCGUACAUUGUUUGCCUGGUAUGACCGUCAGUUAGAGGACAGACAGCUAACAGCAUCGCAGUCGUCGCAGGCCAGCGACCACAAGUCAGUCAAAUCGUUGACCGAUUCGCUGUCUAAGGCAACCGGAAAAUCUCUGACCAACAGCGAGAGUCUCGAAAAGGCCGAACACUUCUAUUUGAUGGAAAAGCGUGAUUUGGCCGUUGAAUUUAUUUUCUGUUUAUUUCUCAUCGAAGUACUCAAACAGUUGUCACUACAUCCCGGCUAUGAAGAACUGACAAAUCAUAUCGAAGCUCUGGCUUUUCGUCACUUUCGCUUCCGCGAAGAGGCCCAAAACGAUCCCAACCUACAGAACAUCAAUAUGAUUGCCGAUCUCUAUGCCGAAGUGAUCGGUGUAUUGGCUCAGUCCAGGUUCCAGUCGGUACGCAAACGAUUCAUGAGUGAGUUCAAAGAGUUGAGGGCAAAAGAGCCAAACAAUCCGAUAACUACUCACAAUAUCAUCAGUUUGCUGAUGGGUAUGAAAUUCUUUCGAAUCAAAAUGGUUCCCAUCGAAGAAUUUGAGGCAUCGUUUCAAUUUAUGCACGAAUGCGCCCAAUAUUUUCUCGAAGUCAAAGACAAAGACAUCAAACAUGCAUUGGCCGGACUUUUUGUCGAAAUACUGGUACCGGUGGCGGCCACCGUCAAGAACGAAGUGAACGUUCCGUGUCUGAAGAAUUUUGUCGAAAUGCUUUAUCCGCCAACACUUGAUUUAUGUACGAAAAAGAAGCACAGUCUGGCACUGUUUCCAUUGGUUACCUGUCUAUUGUGUGUCAGCCAAAAGACAUUCUUCCUGAUGAAUUGGCACUACUUUCUGGCGAUGUGUCUCCAGCAGCUCAAAAUCAAAGAAGCGAAGAUGAGUCGUGUGGCACUGGAAUCACUUUACCGUUUGUUGUGGGUGUAUAUGAUUCGCAUCAAAUGCGAAAGCAAUACGGCAACACAGAGCCGAUUGCAUAGUAUUGUCAACUCUCUGUUCCCGAAAGGAUCUAAAGCAGUGAUGCCCAGAGACACACCACUCAAUAUAUUUGUCAAAAUUAUCCAAUUUAUAGCUCAAGAACGACUAGAUUUUGCUAUGAAAGAGAUUGUCUUCGAUUUGUUAUCGGUUGGCCGUCAGAUAAAAAUUAUUUUGACUCCCGAACGCAUGUCAAUAGGUUUGCGUGCAUUUCUUGUAGUGGCCGAUAGUCUACAACAAAAGGAUGGAGAGCCACCGAUGCCGCGAACAGUUGGUGUAUUGCCUUCGGGCAAUACUUUGCGCGUUAAGAAAACAUUUUUGAACAAAAUGCUUACCGAAGAGAUGGCCCGAACUAUUGGAAUGAAUCAUUACUAUCCAUAUGUUCGCAAAACACUAAGUGAUAUAUUGCGUGCACUCGAUGUCCAAUUUGGACGCCCGCUGAUGAUGACAACCGUCCAGAAUAUGAACAAAGAACCGGACGACAUGAUUACCGGCGAACGUAAGCCAAAAAUUGAUUUGUUCCGCACGUGUGUGGCAGCCGUUCCGCGACUUAUUCCCGACGGUAUGUCCAAACAAGAUUUGGUCGACCUAUUGGCCAGACUUACCGUCCAUAUGGACGAAGAGAUGAAAGGUCUAGCGUUUCAGUCAUUGCAGAAUAUGAUCGUCGAUUUUCCCGACUGGCGUGAAGACGUCAUCGAAGGUUUCAUUCAUUUCUUAUUACACGAAAUUAACGACUCGUUUCCAAAUUUAAUCGACAAUUCGUUGCGAAUGUUACUCCAAUUGUUGACGAGUUGGAAGAAUGCUCUGCAAAACUCGACAACAAGUACUAGUGGUGGCAAAGAUCAGACCACCUCUGGUGCCGCCGAAUCGGGUUCGGCUCUGACCAAAAACGAACACUUGGUUAAUGUUUUGCAUAAUGUCGAAGCACUGGCAUUGGUUAUGCUCUGCUACUGUCGCCAACCGGUCCGCAGAAUUGCUGCACACAUACUGAAAGAGGUUAAGGUUUUGUUUAAACUGUUAUUCGCCGGCAAAGACUAUGACGAACCGGUAGCUUCGGUUAUGGACAGAAUGUGUCCGCAAAUUGUUGAACUAUGUUUUCCGUUUUUGCCGUCCGGCGAAAAGUCGGCCAUAAUAUCUGUGUCGUUGAAUGUCGACCUUCACUGGUUAGCCGAACGCAGUGGACCCGCUUGGGUGUCCGGACAGAACGAUAAUGAAUCGGAAUCUUUUAACAAAACAACAGACAACAGUGAGAAUCAAAUGGACACAGAAUCCAAAAUGAAUGCCUGGUCUGUCUGUUUGAUGGCAUUGGUCGACGAAGUUAUCAAAAGUAGUCCAUCGGCUGUAUCGCUGUCGUGGCCACUGAUAUGCCAUCGAUUGAACACUUUGUUCACCCAUUUAGAUCCCACUCCUGUCAGCGACAACAGAGCCACUGCACUGUUAAGAGGUACGACAUCGACAGUGAAAAAGUCAUCGACAGAACGCGACUUUUACUUAGAACUCUGGAAGAAUUAUCUGAUGUACGCCUGUCGUAUAGCACCGGCAAACGUGAGCAAUACGGCGACAACAAUGCGUUACUUACCGCACGAAACCUGUGCCUCACCAGAUAGUCUGGCAUCGGAACCGUCGACCAUUGGAAACAAGUCGCCAAUGAAUCGCGGAGUCAGCGCUCAGAGUCUGUUCAAACAGAUCAUGCAAUUGUUGCGUAGCGAACAAAAUGAUUUGCGAAAUGCUGUUGUCUUAGGCCUAUCGCAUGUCAAUCAGUUUGCAUUCAAAGAACUAAUGGAAGAACUGGUUCCGUAUAUUCGCGAAGCGUUCGAUCGUAAACAAGAGAAUCUGCGGCGUCGUAAGCGACGAGAACUGUUGAGAAUACAAAUCGGUAGACUCUUGAAGCUGAUCUCCGAUCGAAAUAUCCUAUCGAUGAGCCACUGUGUCAUCGAUCGGGAUGCCGGCACUCUGAGUAAUACGUUUAUCGAGUAUAUCGAUGGCGCCCGACUUUAUUUGGAAACCGAAACCGAUAAGGACACGACAUCACUGGUUCCCGACAUUAAACAAUCGUUCUGUUCGUUCAUCUAUAGACUAAUCAAAGGCUUUUCCAUUGAAAAUCGAUCGAAUCUGUUGAGUCGCGAAUUGCGGCGAAAUCUUUUCUAUUUGUUUGCCUCUUGGAGUGGCGACUACGGUAAUCAUGUAUUCAUAAAUUAUAAACGUAAUCCACAACAACCUCUUCAGCCGAUCACCGAUCUGGAGUAUCUGUCGCUGUCAGCCAUGUCUGCUGUACUAUGCUGUGGCUCUAUCUUUGAUCCGCAGUGUCUGUUCGAUGAAAGCAAUCUCUAUCUAUGGCUAAAUCAUCUUCUGAGUUGUAAACAAGAAAAGGUUGCGGAUCUGGCAUUAGAGACAAUAGUUUUAUUACUCGAAUACAACACAGAUGUCGGUUCACUGUUGGACUGGUUGGUCGAAUCGUGUUAUACUAAAGAGACCGACGUAUCCGAUGGCUGUUUCAAAGCUAUUGCCACCAUAUUCUCUGUACGCGAGUAUCCAUGCGAUCACUACAUAUCGAUAAUCAAUGUAACACUUAUGAAUAUUGGUUGUCCCCGAGCGCACAUCCAUCAGCAGGCCUUACUGCUGCUACAACUGCUAGACAAUAGAUUUUUCGGCUCAAAACACGACGAUAUGAUGAUCUACAACAACAAUGAACAACAACAACAACAACAUACAGAACAUCACAAUAAGAUUAUUGAUAUCGAAUGUAUAGAAGAGAAUGCUGUGCCAAAUGACAAUAACAACUAUUUCAUUGAUAAUCCAUUUUCAGACGAUAUUUCCGAUAUUCAACUGAGACGACCACUUAAGCCGACGACCACCAAAUACGAGAACACCUACGAACCACUACUGGCCAAUGUCUAUCCGUGUACACAGUUAGACAUAUCCCGCCGUAUGGCACACUUUCAUCCGCAACUAUCUAUGCCAGUGUUCUCCGAGAUUACCUAUCGCUUCCAAACAGCCAAACCGACUGUCUGCCAAAAUUUGUUGCAAUAUUUGAUUCCGUGGCUCUACAACAUUGAAUUGGUCGACCCGAACGUACAGCCACUGCAAAAUCCGUUUACCGUUUAUUCCGAAUCGGCUGAUAUGAACAUUGACAACGAAUUUGCCAAAGAAGGCUGGGGUUCGGUAGAGGCAUCAGAAAUGGUUUUGAAUAAUCUAUUCUAUAUAACAGUUAAAUUUGGCGAUAACUUUCCUAAAGAGAUCGAAGAAAUUUGGACCGCACUGUGCGCUUACUGGCCAAACAAUUUGCGUAUAAUAAUUCGCUAUCUAUUCAUAUUGACCGGACUGGCCAACGAUCUUCUACCGUACGCCAAACGUAUAGUCAUUUACUUGUCGCGGGCCAAACCCGAACGUCUUAUCGACGAACUGAUGUCCGAAUUGCAAACAGUCGAAUCGCUUAACUGUCUGACCGAACGUACCGAAGCGCCGCCGUUCUUCCGUAUUACUAGUAUCCGAAAAGGUAGCGGACAUUCGGAGGAUGGCGUCAACGAAUCGAAUGGUACGUCGGAAGGCGGCCACUCGACACUGUUGACGUUCAGCGAAUCGGGAACAUUGCAUACGAAAAGACACAGCGCUGCCGAAGGUAUUAGUGGCGACCGAUACUGUUGUUACGACAAUUGUCUUAACAAACAGGACAACAUCUGUUGCAAACAUUCCGAUAAAAUGCAAACACUGAACGACGAAGACUUUCUACUAAGCGAUACACUUAUCAGCAGAGCCAUCAACAGUGGUCGCUAUUCACAGAAACCGGUAACACCGCAGCCGAGACCGUUGCCAAUGCCCGAAUUUGGCGGCUAUUACGCGCCGUUAACCGAAUAUUUGCCAACAUCUGGACAGCCAGUGGUCGGCUUUCAUCGAUGCAAUUUAGCGCUAAUGUUUCUCACCGAUUUGGUCAGCGAUGGCAAUGCCAUCGAUUGGACACCGCAUAUACCGUUGAUGCUUCACAUAAUAUUCUUGGGUCUCGACCACAAUCGACUACUGGUUCACGAACACUGCAAAGAGUUACUAUUAAAUCUACUAAUUGUUAUGACCCGACACAAUGAUCAUCUGAAUGUGGCCCGAAUUUUGUUGAAUAACACAACUCAACAGCUGGGCUAUGGCCUAACCAUUAGUACAUCAGUGCCCAAACCGUUACCCAAUUUCAUUGAUCCGCCAAAUUUGAAAAAUUUCAACACUAACUCUAAUGGCAGUUCCCGUCAAAGUAGUUUAGGCCGCAAUAAAAGUCGAACAGUAUAUUCAGGUGGACUGUUAUCGUCGUCAUCAUCGGCUAAAGAGAAGAAAACAAUCGAUGACCAGACGACUAAUAACAAUACUAAUAGUAAUAACAAUAAUAAUACUAAUAAAGAUUCGGAAACUGCUUCGGAAGAUAUAACCAUUGCCGACACAAAAGCUCUCUAUUCGGUCGAAACACUAAUCAAAUGUCUAAUAGAUUUUAUAUCUGCAAAAAAAGGUGUUCCCCUUUGGAAUUACGAAGACAUUACUGCCAAAGUCUGGUCAAUCCGAUCGUCCGACCAGUUGGCCUACUUUAUCGAACACAUACUCUACGUAUUCAAGGAAUCGUUACCGUUGGCCAAGAUUGAGGAACGUUGGUCGGAAAUAUCACUCCAAUUGGCCCUAUCCUGUUCAUCCCGACACUAUGCGGGCCGAUCAUUGCAAAUAUUUCGUGCACUACGAAUGCCGAUAAACUCGCGUAUGCUUAGCGACAUACUGUCCCGUUUGGUCGAAACGGUGUCCGAACAGGGAGAAGACAUGCAAGGCUACGUUACCGAACUGAUGCUCACACUGGAAGCUGCUGUCGACUCGCUCGAUGCCGAUCCGCGACUAUUCGGUGAACUUGUUCGCGAAUUUUUCAAAUCGACACCCAAUCUCAACACCAAAGACAAUGUCAAUCGGCGUAGUCUACCAGUGAGUACAACAUCGACAUCGAUUAGUAGUUCGUCGACAAUAGUGUCGAGCAGUUUGCCGCCCUAUUCGUCAGUACCGCUAACCCGUCAUCAGAUUGCGAGUCACAUACGCAGUACAUCCUAUUCGGUUUCCUAUCCCAACCGAAAAGGUAUUGUUACCAGCGAUACGUUACCACCGGAAACAACAACAACAAGAGAAACAAUGCGAAACCGAACCAAUACUGACGCCGAUUAUCUAAGAAAUUCAAUUCAAAAUAAUAGUAGUAAUAAUAAUUCGUCGUUAGGCCGAUCAAGAAGUGCACAGUCAUUGAAGACAUUGGAAGAGAAACAAUAUAUGACUAUCGAAGACAAGACAUCACUGUUGGCCCAAUUCUUCUGGAUAUCUGUCAUCAUGUUUGAGACCGACUACGAACACGAAUUCCUAUUGGCUUUACGUUUAUUCGAUAAACUAUUGCCAAAAUUCGGUUUAGAAAAAAUCGAUUCCCAGGAAAAAGUCGAAAAGAUAUUCAUGCAAAUGAAAUGGAAUCAAUUUCCAGGAGUUCACGCCCUACUCCUCAAAGGCUGUACGUCGCCGAUCACUUACGAGCCGACAAUGAAUUUGUUGCCCAAAUUGACGCCAUUGCUCGAAGUCAAUGUUAUCGAUCCGUCUGAAUCGGCCAAUUCGUUUCCCUAUCAUAUUAUGGCACAACUACCGUAUCUACUACUCAACUAUGACGAGCCGACACCUCUUUGCACACAAGCGGCCGAAAAUAUAGCCCUUUGGUGUACCGAAAAGUCCAACAAAUUGGAUAACUUGGCCACAGUUAUGAUGCUCUACAGUAGACGAUCGUUUAGCAAAGAGAAUCUCCAGUGGACCAAAUGUGUAGUCAAAUACUUAUACGACGCCUAUUCGCAUGCAUUUCUCAAUUUGGUUUCAUUUCUUGUUGAGGUAGCCGAAAAGGGUCCGCCAGUAUUGUUGGUACACGUAUUGUCGAUACUGCAUUGUAUGCUUCACUACAUCGACCUGAAUGCCACCACCACCAUCAAUACCGAUAUACUAAAAGUUAUUACCAAAUACAUUGAAGGUCUCCAGUGGAACAAUGCACUCAAAGUGCUCAAACUAGUGGUAACCCGUUCCUCAACAUUGGCCACUCCACCGGUCUAUAACAUGAGCGCCUCCUAUGCCAACAUAAACAGUGGCCCCCAAAGCGGUUCAUAUUACUCCGUGGACUGCAUAAGCAUAGCAUCUGGUGCUUCGUAUGCCGAAUCCGAGUUCAGUGCCAAACGCGAACUCCCGGGCCGUACAAUGGAUUUUACGUUCGACUUGACACAGACGCCGAUAGUUGGCCGCAAAUAUCUAAUGAAAAAGAAUGGACCGAAAAGCGAUAGUCAUGUGGAAAAUGUUUUUGAUAUUAACAGCAACGGCUCUAACGAUAGGGAAAAGGUUGUUAACAUCGACAACAACAACAUCGACAAAGAGGUUACCGCAUCGGCUUCAUCGCCAAGACGUAGUCUAUCGCAUAAUCAUUCGUUCAACGAGAACAACAACUGGCGACGUCCGUGGCUGUCGCAGUCGCGUAUCAGAGAACGUCUCAUCGGUCUAUUGACCAGUUGUGGCCAACGAGUUGGUCUACCGAAAAGCCCGUCAGUCAUAUUCAGCCAGAAUAGCGAUGUUGCCGACUGUCGCAAAUCGUCAAUGGCCAGCAGUACCGAAGACAUGUCGGCCACCAAUAACGACGCCUCUGGUGAUAGUAAACUCGAAGACGCGACACACGGAGAGUUUGCACUAUUCAAGGAUUUCGAUUUUCUUGAGUACGAACUGGAGAGUCAAGAGGGCGAAAGUCUUGAUAAUUUCAAUUGGGGUGUCAGACGCCGAUCGCUGACCAAUUUAGAGACAUCCGAAAGAGGAGACAUGAAAACCAAUAGUCCACUCCAUAGGAAUGUCGGCUCCAUUUCCAGUCUUAGAAAAGACGAUCUGUCUUCAGAUGACGAAGCGGAAAGUGUUUCACCUAUUUAUGACAUGACAUCAGAUAUGACCCAAAGCUAUCUCAACAAUCAGUUGCCAUUACUCGAGUCGGGUCAUCGGCCGCCGAGUAUUCUAUCGCAAAGUUCGUCGCACAGUUUGUGCAGCGAAGGUGAUCUGACUUUAAGCAACACAUCCGCCUCUAACAGCAUCUCUCCGCACGUCAGCCACAAUCCAUGUCUUUCCAAUGAUAUCGAAGAGCACUGGAGUACACACUUCAGUCACAUCAUGAGCGACACCACUGGUUCAGUGUGUGCACAGACCUAUCAACUGUUGGCCCGAAUAUUCAACGAAACAUUCAAAAAAGUCAUUCACUUGACCCGCGAAUCGUGCGAACUGUUGCCGCACUCAUCCGAACAGUUUCGCGGAAUUAUCUCCAGAUUUGUCAAUCUAUUGGAUAUUAUUGGUUCGCAAAUAGAGUUUCCAUUUGUUUUUGUCGAUUCUGCACUGUUUUCAGUGAUUCCACAGCUUCUCGAUAGACAUCGUUUAGGAGUACUUGAAGUACAGGAACACUGGGAAACGUUUAACGAAAAAAAGGAUUAUUUGUUGGACAGUUUGGACUCAUUCAAGAAUCACCAGAAACUGGAAGCAAUUGCCGCCGCGUCCGCUAAUAUGACCGAUACGAGUACCGAUCUCUGCAAAUGUCUAUACAAAAUGCAUUUUCAACUCAUGCUUCUCAUCGAAAGCUAUCUAAAACUGAUUAGUUUGUUGAAGACAAACACUAGUCAAUGUUCAAUGCUUUUGGUGUCUAAUCUGUCUCAAGAGGUGACAGCCGUAAAGUGUGAACUAUUGAAGACAAUAACGACGGCCGCCGACGACACGGAAAGCGAUCGCCAAUCGCAGUGUUCGGCGUCACCACAACCGUCAUCGUCGACGACAUCGACCACUUCAAGCAACAGUACAUUAGACGGCAAUAACUCGUUAACUGAUUACGAAUGUCAUCUAAAAGAGUUGGUUGUCAGCCAACAGUUUGCUAAAGCUAUCAAACUAUUGCAUCGAAUUCGGUCACAAUUUCCCGAUUACUGCUGUUUCGGUAUCAAUGAUGGUAUCAGUGGUGGCGAUGAUGACGACGACGACAACAUAGUUAACAUAGUAUUGACAGUCUAUUGUAAUAUAUUAUGUGAGUCCCGAUCAUACUAUUUGGUAAUUACCGAACCCGAACACAAUCCGGCAGAAAUUACCCGUCAACUGAUGGACACUAGUCUACAGUUGUCGUCGACAUUACAUUCACUUGAUUUGGGAUAAAAAUAUUAUUUUUUUUAUAAAUAAUAAAUAGUA